AUGGACUCAAUUGAAGUAUACGUACAUGCGCAGUUCGCCGCUCUCAAGGCGAGAAGAGAGGCCAAACAUCAACGGGACGCAGCCGCUCCCAAAGAGCCUUCAAAGGCAUCCAGCGAGUCCAAUGAUCGCCUCUCCGUGCACGGCAACAGCGCUCUCGGUGAUGCCUUGACGGGCGUGAAGGGCAAGGUCGACCCGUCUAUUCGUGAGUUGGAAGAUGAACAGCCUCUCAUUGAAGCCAAUCUCGCUGCUCUCGAGCAUAACGCCGACCCUCCUGCGCCCACUCGAAGGUACACAGCCGGCUCUUCUCCCACCGAAUCUGCUACCACGGUUUCUGCUCAACCUCCCCAACCUGGUAUGCAAGUUGGCGGCCGCCCUCCGGUCGCGGGUUUCCAUGAGCACGUUGAGCCUGCCGUAUAUCAGGCAUUCCUUAAGCAUUUGGGAGUCGUCCAUGGCAAGACCUCCAUCGCCUUUCGAACAUACCAGGCGUACCUGAACUCGCGUUUUGGCAGCAUCCCCAAGAGCAUCAAGGACCUUACUGAGUGGAAGCCGGUCGACUUCCCGUUCUCUGAUCUGGCCGUGCAGAUUGAGCCGGCUAGAUAUUACUCUUCGUCGUCGUUCAGUCUCGGGCUGUGCGCGGUCACUUUCAAUUCUCUCGAGACUUGCCCUCUUGGUGCUGGCUGCCCUUGGCGUCAUGCAAAGUUGACUAGUAAUGAGAUGGCCUGGCUAGGAGAGCUUGGGGCUAGCAGCAUGGGUUCCCUUUUCAAUAGCCUCCGCAAGGAAGGAGAUGGUACUCCUCGUGUUGUCGAUGUCACUUUAUGGGACAUCUAG